CGUUACCCAGGGAAUCUUGGAAAGGGGCUGGACGCUACACAGGCGUACUGGUGUCCUAUCUGUAGCUUCUCACAUUUCAAGGAGCUGAUAGUUCUCUAAGUAAGUGAGAGCUGCACUUGCUGUUAAAUUGUAACCAUAUUAGUAAAGCAUUAAAAGCUCCAGUACGGAUAUAGUAUUGGAAGAGGCGAGCGCAAGGAGUCAUAAAGUCACUGGGAAAAACUCAAGCAGCAAGUAAAAUCUCCAGAAAUACAUGAUGAAUAAACACAGUAUUUUGACAUUGUACUUCUAAGUGUCUGCAUCCAUUUACAUCAGAUUUUUACACAGAGUGUCAUUUACGGGCACCAGCGACCAAGAAAGGUUUGAAAUAUGCUAUGGAAUUAAUUUCAGGGGAAGAUGAUUGUCUUUGUCAGGGACAGAUGUACUGUGUGGAGCGGCCAGUAUACACCCAGGAAUAUCUAGAGGACCAGUUGCAUCUGCGGAAAGAGGAACCAAAAUCUCUUGUCCAUAAAAUUAAACAAUCAUGUCGAUGCACUUCCAAAAAGGCAAAAUCACAACUUUACAGUUUCCUCCCAAUUCUAAAAUGGUUGCCACGAUAUCCAGUGAAGGAGUAUAUCGUUGGAGACCUGAUAUCGGGGUUGAGCACUGGUGUGAUGCAACUUCCACAAGGUUUGGCUUAUGCUUUGCUGGCUGCUGUUCCACCAGUCUAUGGACUAUAUUCUUCAUUUUAUCCAGUUUUCCUCUACACAUUCUUUGGAUCAUCACGGCACAUCUCAAUAGGUACCUUUGCAGUGAUAAGCUUAAUGAUUGGGGGUGUCGCUGUAAGAAUCGCACCUGAUGAAAUGUUUGAUAUAAAGACAACAAAUGCUACAAACAGCACUGACUAUCAAGAGAAGAUUGAUGCAAGAGACGCAAUGAGGGUGAAAGUAGCGGUUGCUCUUACUUUGCUUUCAGGGAUCAUUCAGCUGUGUCUAGGUAUCCUUCGAUUUGGCUUUGUUGCCAUCUACCUGACUGAGCCUUUGGUACGAGGCUUCACAACUGCAGCUGCGGUACAUGUCUUCACAUCUCAGCUAAAAUAUCUCUUAGGGGUUAAAACUAAAAGAUACAAAGAGCCUCUGGCAGUAAUAUAUAGCUUUACUGCUGUGCUAUCAAAUAUCAUGACAGUGAAUAUUGCCACGUUGAUUUUGGGUAUAUCAUGUAUCAUAUUACUACUGGGAGCCAAAGAAAUCAAUGAUCGCUUCAAGAAGAAACUGCCAAUUCCUAUUCCCAUGGAGAUUAUUGUUGUAAUAGUUUCAACUGGGAUCUCUGCUGGGCUAAACCUUGAAGAAUCUCAUAAGGUAGCUAUUGUUGGAAAGAUCCCCACUGGGUUCAGCCCACCUGGUCUUCCUGACAUCAGUCUGUUCAAAGACGUGUUUGUGGAUGCCGUGGCUAUUGCUAUCGUUGGAUUUUCCAUGACCAUUUCAAUGGCCAAAAUCUUUGCUCUUAAGCAUGGUUAUGAGGUCAGUGGCAAUCAGGAACUUAUUGCUCUGGGAGUUUGCAAUUCAGUGGGUUCCUUCUUUCAGACAUUUUCUGUAACCUGCUCAAUGUCUCGUAGCCUUGUCCAAGAGAGCACUGGAGGCAAUACCCAGAUUGCAGGAUUGUUGUCAUCAUUGAUGGUGCUUUUGGUAAUAGUGGUCAUUGGAUACCUUUUCCAACCAUUACCACAGGCUGUGCUAGCGGCCAUUGUGAUGGUGAACUUGAAAGGAAUGUUCAAGCAGUUUGCAGAUAUUCCAAAUUUAUGGCGGACCAGUAGGCUGGAACUGGCUAUCUGGGUGGUAUCGUUUUUGGCUUCUGUUUCUUUAGGGCUAGACUAUGGCUUACUCGUUGCAGUGACGUUUGCUAUUUUAACAGUGAUCUACCGCACUCAAAGUCCACAGUAUAGAAUCCUUGGACAGAUUCCAAACACAGACAUUUACUGUGAUGUGGACGAAUAUGAAGAGGUGAAAGAAUCUACUGGAAUUAAAAUAUUUCAAGCCAACACCUCUCUUUACUUUGCUAACAGUGAGUUGUAUGUCAGUGCCCUGAGAAAAAAGACUGGAAUUGAUCCAGCUGCCAUAUUAAUUGCAAAGAGAAAAGCCCAGAAGAGACAUGCCAGAGAAAUGAAGAAAGCAAAGAAAAAAGAAAAAAGAGCCGUAUUGAAACUUACUAAUGAUGUGGAGAUGGCUGUUAAACAUGAAUUAAUGAAUGAUGACCCAAUCAUAGAUGUGGCAGCAAAUGGCAAGAAUGGAUUAUCUGAAAGAAACUUACAUGAUACGCCCUCUGAUGAACUGGAAUAUUUUAUGUCUCCAGUAAUCAGUGUUCAUUAUAUCAUUCUGGACUUCACACCAGUUAACUUUGUUGACUCUGUUGGAGUAAAAACACUGAAAUCUAUUAUUAAGGAUUAUAAAGAAAUCGGUGUUACUAUCCUAGUGUCAGGCUGCAGUGGACUGGUUGUUAAAGACCUGACACGAUUAAAUUUCUUUGAUGCAUCAAACAAGAGAGACAUCUUGUUUCAUAGUAUUCACGAUGCUGUGGUUCACUGUAAGCAGAAAGCUUCCUCGUUGGCUCUGACCUCAUCAGAAGAACAGGUUCUCAGCUCAGAUACACCGAGUCAGAUCUGAGCUCCAGCUCCAGAUAACUGAGCAAUAACCAAAAUAUUGCCUCAGCCCCACGUCUUAUCACAUUUAAGGAAGUUGCCCUUCUUUUUCAACAUAAAAAGUAGGCAACUAACCGUUAGAAAUGAAGGGAGAUUUUUUACUAGAGGAGGCAUGCAAGCAAUGCAUUCUGGGAAUCCAGCUCCUUUUGUAACUCAAAUGGUGCAAAUAGAAACCAUUAACCAGGUUUGCACUACUGUUGUCUGGGUACUUAGGACUCUAUUUCACCCCUUCUUUGCUACUGGUAGCAGAGGAGAUAAGGGCUUUGGGGCAGGGAAAAAAAAUUGUUCAGUGUUUUUCAUUUAUUAUGUAUGUGUCUUGUUAAUAGUUAAUCACAAUGUGAUUGUCACUAUUCCAUGGAAAACACACCAGCUCUUUCCAGCCUAGUGCACUUCUGCAAUACUGUUUCACCCCAUGUCAUGCCAGCAGUCAUGCAACUGCCACCUGGAUGUUAUUGUCACUGUAUCCCAAUGGAUACUGAAUUAUUCCUUCGCUUCCUGUACCUAUCAUUACACAUACAGGCCACUCAGUAAGUCCAUAGCCCUAGCCAAGCUAUGGGCAGGUCUCACUACAACAAAAUAUUCAUCCAUAGUUUUAGUAUUAAGAAAAAUCCUAGUGUGGAGUUUAUACACAUUUGUUUAAUGUAUUAUUAGUAUUCGAAGUGUUUAUUUCCAAGGGCUGUCCCUUUUUAUAGUCACUGUUAAUUUAAAAUUAGAAGCUGAAAUACCUGUCCUAUAGUUACAUUUCAAAGGUCCUUAAUAAAACACAAUUAAAUGCCCCUUGCCCACCUUUGCCUUAAAAAAUGAUCUCUCUCUCUCUCUCUCUAUAUAUAUAUAUAUAUAAACCAUACAUCUUAACUGAAAAAUAUUUAAGAACAAAAAUGCCUUAAUUUAAGCCGUUUAACUGUGACUUUUCACACCCAGUCCCCAUUUUACUUUAUUCUCUAGAAAAUAAUGACUAUAUUUAUAUAUCUGUUAAAUGAACGUGAUUGUGUGAGAAUUCACAGGUUUUUAAAGAAUCAUAAGCUGUGUGUAAGUGCUAAUGAUUGUCUGUUACACUUGCUAAAAGUUUAUAUUUAUACAUGCUUUUGGGAAGAAUUCGCUAUUGCUUUUAGUUGGCUCGGAAACGUUUUGCUUGACGUGAAGUUGUGUGUAUUACGGGACAAGCCAACAGAAUAAUCAUGGUACCAUGUGUUUUUAUUUGUACAAAGCAGAAAUGGAGGACUUGGAAUCUACAUUUAGGUCUUUUCAUUUUUGGCUUGGAUAUAUGAUAUAUUUCUCAAAUUAUUUUAUACCACUCAAAAGGGGGAAAGUAUAAAGACCUUUUAUUUGUGCCUAGAAAUGUUGCCCAGUCAACUAUAGUGAAUUUUUGUUUGCAUAAAGUGACAGUAUACACCCCUUUUUAACAUGAGCUGAAUGAAUAGGGCUUGUACUAAAUUUACUUUUUGCCCAUUUAAUUAAGAAGUCUGUAUCGUUUCUGUUAUUUCUGGCUCCAAACAAGAAUAUGAGGCUAGUCUCAAUUGAACAAUUCCUAUCACUUGUGCUCGCAAAGAACGUCAAAGAAGCUGUUACAACUAAUUACCAGCCACAGAGAAGCCCUUGAUAAUGAGCUGUUCAAAGGCUGAUCCCCAAAUAUGCAGUCCCAGGCAGACUGUGUUGUAUCAUGGUUUACAUGCAAUAAGUGGAAUCAAGUAUGUACAGUAUGUGUACAAAAAUAUAUAUAUAUAUUCUAUUUAGCCUUUCAGCUGCAGUGCUAUGAUUCAGUUUAAGAAACCUUUUUAAUGCUUCAGACAAAUCUAAAUGUGCCUAUUAUUGUACUUUAACUGUUAACUGUCCUUAAGUGUCAUUGCAGUUUUAGUUGGGAGACAAAGUAUCAUUGCCAAGAGCAUCUCAGACAGAGUGUGUCCAGCGUCACUGCUUCAGUUGUAUUAGAAAGGCACAAAUAGUCACAAUUUCUUCCAUGUAAACAAAUAAGAAGCCAAUGGGCAGUGUCUGAAAUAUGUGUCAUUUCCUGACAUUAAAGGAGAAGGAAAGGUUAAAACUAAGUAAGCCUUAUCAGAAAGGUCCAUCUAAAUAUACCAGUAAACCCCUAAGUAGUGCUGCU